AUGGCUAACCGCUUGUUUACGGCUGUGAUCGUUGCGCUUCUGGCAAUCAUCGCAAUAUACUAUCCGGAUGUUUUGGAUAAAUUUCAUUCAAGUCCCAACUUAAAGAUAGUGGACUCCGUUCGAGAUAUCACUUAUCUUGGCAGUCUAUCCUCGGCUGGAAUUGAACAUUUUCAGAACAUCUUCUACGCGGAGGAGCCCACGGGGCUAAGACGUUUUGCGGCACCGGUUCCAACAAGACCAGCGAAGGGAUCUGUUAUUGACGCCACCCAGGCCGGUGCCUGGUGUCCACAAGGAACGGGUGACAUACUUCCCUUCACGAGUAGGGUGACCAAAAUUAGCGAAAACUGUCUGAGUUUGAGGAUUGCAAGACAGAGAGGAACGCAGAAAGAUGCUAAGCUUCCAGUCGCGGUAUGGAUUCAUGGAGGCGGCCAUGCUUUAGGCUCCGCUUCUGAUGUUCUUUACGAGCCUGACGGGUUGGUUAGACUGGCUGCUGACGAUGGGCGGCCGCUGGUAUAUGUUGGCAUAAAUUAUCGCCUGGGCUUAUUUGGCUUUGCAACCAGUGAAACAUUGAUUGAGAGCAAGGACACAAAUGCAGGGCUUCGAGAUCAACGUGCUGCUUUGGAGUGGGUUCGCGAUAAUAUUGAAACGUUCGGCGGUGACCCUAACAGAGUGACUGUUAUCGGACAAAGCGUGGGGGCUAGUGAUAUUGGUCUGCAGCUAACGGCCUUUGAUGGUAAUCAACAUGUCCCAUUUCAGCAAGCAGUAAUGAUGUCAGGCGGCCCAGGGCUGAAUUUCAAUAGCCAGCCAGACCUGGUUGCAAGUCGCAUGUCUGCCAUUUCACAGCAAGUAAGCUGUGGCGGUGGCGAAGAUUCGAAAACACUAGAGUGUCUUCGAGGUAUUCCAUUCGAGCUGUUAACCAACCUAUCGGUUACCGCAUCUCGGGCAGCGCAUCCACCUUUCGGCGAGGCGUAUUUUUACCCGACGAUCGACAAUGACUUCAUUCAAGAUAAACCCUCGGAGUUGAUUCGAACAGGGAAGUUCACCAAGGGAAUACCAUUGAUAGCUUCCUGGGUCACAAAUGACGGCGCUUGGUACGCACAGCCGACCACUGCGACGGACGACGAAGUUCUAGGGAGUUUCGGACUAUGGCUGCACAAACUUUCCAAAUCCACCAAAGAGAAGCUAUUACACCUGUAUCCUCUGGGCGACUUCGAACAUAUGAUCAAGUCAGAGCAUGAGGGCCAAAUUUCACCUCAGUACUAUCGCGCUGCACAGCUGAAUCGUGACAUCUGGUUUACCUGCCCCGUCCUUGACUUUACGUGGCAGUACGUCAAAAACGGAGGUGUAGGAGCCUCCCAGGUGCGACUGUACGAAUUCAACGAAACCAGAUACACGCCAGUCUUUGAUUCCAUGGGUGUCUCAAUGUGGGGUGUCGCUCAUCUCAGCGAUAUCCCUUACCUAUUCUACAAUGACCACUUGAGGGCCGGCGCAGAUAACUCUGACCCACAGCUUGAGCUGGCUCGAAAUUUUAGCCGGACAAUCAUUCAGUUCGUGCACGGCACCCCUAAAGGGGCGGACGAUCGACUCCAGUCAUGGCCGCCUGCCUUCUCAAAUGAUUUUUCAAAAUCUUCAACAGGCGAUGUCCCUAGUCAUCUCUCAGUACAGUUGUUUGGUGGCCCAUAUGGCUCAGAAUCUCCUACAUGUCGCGAAGGGGCUGGAGCUGACGUGGAACACAUGACAGAUGCAGAGAAAGCGCUUCACUGGGAAAUGUUGUUCAGUCGAUGUGCAUUUCUCAAUGGGAAGCAGUUCAGAAAGGAAGCAGGGGUGUGA